AUGGAAGGCUCUAAGAUCUUGCGCACUGCCAAACUCAUCAACGACAACCCGAACGCCCAGAAGCGCGUCCCGUAUCACUACGUCAGCCACAAGACAGCUGCUGAAGAAAACCUCCCUGGUAGAUUCGAGCUCUUCAUUCUCGACGAGGGCCAGCAAAAGAUCGAAGUGCGUGAGGAAACCAAGGUCCCUAACACCACGGUCUUCACCUUCAACAAAGAAGACCACACGCUCGGCAACCUAAUCUCCCAGCGCCUCCUCAAAUACGACUUCAUCACCUUCUCCGCAUACAAGGUCCCGCACCCGCUCUUCGCAACCUUCGAACUCCGUGUCACUACUGACGGCAGCAUCACGCCCAAAGAUGCGGUUGUGCGCUGCUGCAAGGAUGUCAUCCAGGAUCUAAGCAAGGUCUCGUUGAGCUUCCAGGGCGAGUGGCUCAACCAGAAGAUCAUCGAGGAGGGACAGCGGGAUGCUGAGGUCCGGGAUCAAGGCAACUACUAG